AUGGCCUCAAAAUGGCGCUUGACGAAGAAAGAGGAGAAGGAGGUGGAGACGUUCGCAGCUGCAGCAAAGCAGCGAGUGUUGGACGAAGGCGGAACCAAUGCCGAGGCCAAGAAUUCCUUUGAAGAUGCGAGAGCCCAGAAGACCAAGGAGUUGAAAGAAGCGAAGGCCAGUGCAUCGGCUGCGAAGAAAGCGGCUGCGGAGAAGUCGGGGAAGUCGACCCCGCCGUCAAUUGCAGGCCCACCUGCAGGCCCGCCAGCAGUUGCGGCUUUGCGCGGCGUGGCUGCGCAUGCUGGCGUGAACCAGCCCUACUAUGAAGCGAUCCUUGGCGCGUGCCAGACAGUUCUGAGUCACCCGACAUUUGGUCUGAUAGCCUCAGAGGGCCCACGGGACAUCACAGGAGACCUCGCCAAAGACUCUGGAUGUCAGGACGUAUGGACACCUGACAAAUGCAGAACAGCAUGCGGAAGAGAGGGAUGCUACCGAGCAGCCAUCAAUUUCUGGUGGCUCGACUUCCUCGCCAACCCGACGCCGUCAGUACCCCUGUCAUUGGAAAGAGCCAGGAAAUGGGCUGAAGUGUACUUCAAGCAGGGCCCAAGGCAUCUCAAAGAGCCAGUGGAGAUCGCCAUUGACCAUGCGGACUACGCCCUGGACACCUGCAAGGGCAAGUGGGUCAUGGUGUCGCCGCCUGAGGUAGUUCAUGGCAUACUCCUCAUGUUGGCGGAUAGGGUCAACAAGGCCCAGGAUCCGGAGUUGCUUCAGUGGAAGGGUGUGCUGCUGAGCACUCCGGCCGUCGUCACGGUCUACACAGGGUCUGAGGAAAGAUAUUGGGCGUCGUAUGACGCCAGACAGGUCGUGUGCCAGACCGCAGACUCUUGCAAGAGAACGGCCCGACAGACUGCCUACGAGAUCGUCUACUUCAGGGACAACAUUGUGUCCCUGCCCGACAUCAGUAUCCCCGAGCUACAGGAGCUGUACUGCACGAAGGGCAAUGCAGAAUCAACCACGAGAGAAUUUUCAGAUAACUUCGUCAAAGACUCCUUGACCAUACAUGACAAGAUCUUGGUGGACGACCAGUGCUCCGCCGUGCUCGACCUGCUGGAGUCCAAGUACGGGAGUUUGGAUAAUUGCCUGAACUCGACAACGAAGCUGAAAAUAGUCGUGGACCGCACCGACGGCUGGGAGGUGAGACGUUGGGUGCUGAAUGGCAUCGCGGAUGCCUUGCAGGCAAACAUGCUCCAGAACGAUCAGCUCGGAAAGACUUGGUUCACUGGUGGCUCCAAUUCCGUGAGCGGCAUUGACCUGAUCAAGUUUCGCAAGCUUGUGUUGGAGAUGUUGCUCAGGCAGGAGCUGCCAAAGCGAGGAUUUGAGUUGAAGGACUUGCAGCUGAUUGGCGAGAAGAUUCUAUGUCAUGACUACCGGAAGUACGUGUCUGCGCUCCCAGACGGCGCCAGCCCUGAAACGCAGUGGCAGGCGACACUCAAAAAGUCGUCCCAAACGUGCUUGAAGUUGCUGGAGGACUUGGGUUAUGGCAGUGCCCUGAACGGCUCCUUGGUUGCGGUGCUCAGGAAGGGCAAAGGCGUCAGUCCCAUGGAGCUUCUGGAUAUCGAGGCUAUCAGCACGAGGCUGGACAACGCAAAGCAACAGCUCGACGAUGAGAUCUGCGCGGAGAAGGCACUCCUUGGCGGCACUGUCGUGGACGAGCCAGAAACCACUGAAGUCGAGAAACUCAGCCGUGGCUCGAUUCCUGCCGAGCCUAGCAGAUACCAACGCGGGUCCGCGGAGCACUUUACCGCAACUGCAUGCCAAAUGUUCAAUGUGUAUUGCAGCUUGUAUGCCGAACCAGACACCCAAGCCGGGGUCGCUGCACUGGUGUCGCAAAGCUCGCUGUCGGGGAGCAGCGCCACAGGUGUGCCAGGAAAGAGCCUGGUGAUGAUUCACCUGGAUGCAGCUCUCGUCGGCGAGAGCCGCAGCCGCCCGUGGCAGAGACAGCCAGCAGUGGCACCCGCACUCGUCAGCAAGCUCAUCCACGGCGCUCUCGUCGGCCGCGGAGCCCAGCCGGUGAAGAGUGCUACGGAGCCCGACAUGCCAAUCGGUGGAGAUGCUGUCUUCCUCUGCGACAGCGGCCGGCCCGAGGUCGAGGCAGCGCUGCUGGGACCCUUCAGUCAGAACUCCGCCCGUGGUAACUUGUCCUCGUACCUGGAGCACACCCGCAUCACAAUGUGCAUCUCGCAGCAAGCCUUGACCGAGAAGAAGAAGGUGGCUCGCGGUAUGCUCAACCAGGUCAUGACACUCCAUGUCAUUGGCAACGAUCCCUGGGCCAAAAUGGUUCCCGAACGCAAGCAUACCAAGUAUCCGGGCACAAACCGGGGAAACGUCCUGGGUUGGGUGGGCCAGCCGACAUCGGCCGAUACCUGGAUGUCCUCCUACGAGAACAAGAAGGUUGUGUAUGGGGGCAAGAUCUUCGGCACGGUGGAGUCCAACCAGGAGGAGGAAGAGCGGAAGAAGAGCACAGAGCAGGAACCUGUGUUCUUUCACUUUCUCCCCCAAAGCCUGUACGAUAACAAUUUGAGCUCGUAUUCUGUGGUUGCAGUGCUGGACCUCACUGCAGGUCAAGGGGAACUGUGCAAAGCGGCGCUGGAGAAGCGCGUGCCGUAUGUUGGAUUGUGCUUAACUGAGCAGCACGCAGUGCAGCUCAAGGCUGAGCUCAUCAGCUGGUUGAAAGGACGCAUGUGCACCGAAGGCUCGACGUACUACAGUCCCGAGUGGACCAGAGCCGCCGGUGCAGACCUGGCAGAGCAGACCAAGACUCAGCCAAAGGCCAAGGCCACAAGGACGAAACCGAAGAAGCCCACCCAGCAGACCAUCGAGGCGGAGGACGACACGGAGGAAGAAGAAGAAGAGGAGGCUGAGCCGGAGCCGACUCGCAAGAAGCAGAAGAAGACGGACAGCAAGGCUAAGUCCAAGUCGACCAAGCGAAAGCUCGUCCCCUCUGACGAGGACGACUGA